AUGGCUAAUUCGAUACUAACUAAAAUUGGCCCAAUAUGGAAACUGCCAUGUACUAUACAACCUUCUCGCACUACUACUUCCAAGCAUUUCAAUCCGAAAUACAAAAAAGCACGUGCGCAAAAAUAUAUGAAAAUAGAUAUUCCAGAUAUGAACGAGGAUGAGAAUAUGAGUCCUGAAAAAGUUAGGCAGAAGAUGAAGGAAAGAGGUUUAAUGCCUCCUCGUCCGUGGAUGGAGCGUCCCUUUUAUAUCGCGUCUACAGGUGGAGUCUUCGAACCAUAUGUGCCGCCAGAAGGUGAUGGCAAAGCCUCAUUUAUCUCAACAACCAGGGCUAAACAAACUGUUGAAUUACUAGAAAAGAAAUCCAAGUCAAUGAUGGCUGUUCGUAAGAUUAAAUCGUUUGACGAAGACUUUGAUACUACAGAGUUUAGUAAACAAGCUCAAAACAUAUAUAUUAAAGCACAUGAAUGUUUAGCAAACCGAGAUAAGAGGACUUUGAGAAAUUAUGUGACAGAAAAAGCUUAUCCCGAGUUUAUGCAUAAUAGUUAUAUGAAAACUAUCAGGUGGAAGUUUCUUGAUUCUUUAGAGCCACCAAGAGUAGUGCAUGCCAGAUGCACUGAUGUUGUUAGUAAAGAAAAUAUUUUUGGUCAGAUAACUGUUCGCUUCCAUACUCGUCAACAACUAGCUGUCUAUGACAGGUUUGGUCGUCUCCUCCACGGCAGCGAGAUCUUGGCAAAAGAUGUGCUAGAAUAUAUAGUUUUUGAGAAACAUCUAUCUAAUUUGUAUGGGGUUUGGAAAAUACAUGCUAAAAUCAUACCAGAUUGGACACCACCAAAAGAUCCUUCGAAAUUAACUCGAGUUAAGCCGGAGCCCGAACCAGUGAAGGUUGAAGUUGAAGAAGAAGUGGAAAAGCCAGCCAUAGCUGAUAAG